AUGUCUGGUGAUCCUUCAAUCUCCGAAUCUGACAAAUCCGAUCGAAAUCUCAGCAAUGAGGAGUCUGAAAAAUGCACCGAUGGUCUUCAAUCAGAAUUACAAAAAGACGUAGAACUGAAAAUUCUUCGCAACGCCUUCACAAGCAAAACACAAACUAUAUCCCAACUGGAAGAGCAAUUUAUCGAACUCAAUAGAAUGGACGAACGUCAGAAGAUGCAAAUCGCUUCGCAGAAGAAACAAAUUGCAGUUCUGACAAUAACUAGGCAGACACAAUACACUGAAAGUCAACUUCUGGUGGACGAGCUCAAUAAAAAAAUCAAGGAGAAAAAUUGCCUGAUCAAUAAUAUUAUUAACAAAAAAAAGAAGGACCUCGAGAAACUGGAAGAAAAACACCAAAUUGAGUUGAAAAAUGCAGAAAUGAAGCACAGAGCAGAGUUAUGGCAAUACCGACAAAAUGUUAGAAACAAGAAAAUGAAAGACUCUUUUAUGCAAACGGAGGACUCUGACGACGACUACAUUUCUUGUUCGGAAGACAUUGAAGACAAUGUUUCUUGUUCGGGCGACGUUGAAGACAACGUAGAGGUUCCAAAAAACGAACAAUCAAUAGAUCAAAUAGAAACUGCGACAUCAUUUGAAGCGGAUCAUCUGGAGCUGUCAGUCAGACUUCUCAACAUUGCCAAUAAACUGUUGAACAUCCAGGACAAGAAGCAGCAAGUCAACAACGCACUGCAAACCAAUAAUCAGUUCGAACUGGAUGCUGAAAAAGAGAAAAACUGGAUGGUCAUGGAAGAGAACAAGGCUCUCCGAGCUGAAUUAAACCGGAAUAAAAAGGAUCAUCAAUUAGAAGUUGCUAACUUGCACAACCGCUUGUCAGAUGCCUAUGGGUUCGAGAAGUGGGAGUGA